AUGGCCGAGGAAAAGGCUCCCCAACCCACCAUGGAUCCGAAGUUGGAGAAGCACGCCCAUGAUGCGGAUGAGGCGAUGAAGGCCUUUGAGGGUAUAGAGGGCGAGGUUAUUACCAUCGAUGAAGAAACGAACAAAAGACUUUUGAAAAUUAUUGACUGGCAUAUGAUGCCGAUCAUGUGCUUUGUGUAUGGGAUGAACUACUUGGAUAAAACUACCUUGUCGUAUGCUAGUGUAAUGGGAAUCAAGAAGGAUAUCAAUCUGAAGGGCGAUGAUUAUCAAUGGUUGGGGAGUUUAUUCUACUUUGGCUACUUGGCAUGGGAGUAUCCGACCAGUCGACUUCUCCAGCGUCUACCCCUAGGCAAAUACUCUGCAGCCUGUAUCAUCAUCUGGGGCACCAUCUUGUCCUGCUUUGCUGCUGUCAGCAACUUCUCGGGGGCUAUCGCAAUUCGGUACGGACAGAGUCAUAUUUCCUCAUCAGCGACAAAUGCUGACUGUAUAGGUUUUUCCCUGGGUGUUUUUGAAGCUUCCGUCACCCCCGGCUUUGCUCUGCUGACUUCUCAGUGGUACACCAAGCAAGAACAGAACAGCCGAGUCAAUAUAUGGUUCAGCUUCAACGGCUGGGGCCAGAUUCUCGGCGGCCUGGUGGCAUACGGCAUCGCAGUUGGUACGGCGAAGCAUGGUUCGGCCGUCGAGCCAUGGAAGAUUGUGUUCCUGUUCACCGGGCUGCUCACGGUGGCCUUGGGAAUAAUCUUCUUGUGGGUCGUUCCUGACAGCCAGCUCAAUGCCCGCUGGCUGAAGAAAGAAGACCGGAUCCUGGCCGUGGCGCGUGUCAAGGUCAACCAGCAAGGUAUCGGCAAUAAGCAUUUCAAGCUUUACCAGGUGAAGGAGGCACUCCUGGACCCGAUGACCUGGGCUUUUUUCUUCUACGCACUCAUUGCAGAUAUCCCAAACGGUGGAAUUACUAACUUCUUCAGUCAGAUGAUUUCCAGCUUCGGUUAUACUGCCGAGCAAAGUCUCUUGUACGGUACCCCAGGCGGCGCCGUCGAGGUGAUCGCACUUCUUUUGAACGGAUAUGUGGGCCAGAUCACCGGACAACGCAUCCUCUGCAGUACCGGCGGUCUUAUCACCUCGAUCAUUGGAAUGGUCCUCAUCGUUGCCCUGCCGUUAUCGAACAACGUCGGCCGUCUGAUCGGCUACUACAUGACCCAAGCAAGCCCGACGCCAUUCGUGGCGCUCCUGUCUCUAGUGUCUUCCAACGUCGCCGGCUACACCAAGAAGACAACCGUGGCUGCGCUGUACCUGAUCGGUUACUGUGCGGGAAACAUUAUUGGCCCUCAGGUCUUCCGCCCCAAGGACGCACCCCGGUACAUGCCUGCUGAGAUCACCAUUAUCGUCUGCUGGGGCGUUUGCCUGCUGCUGCUUGUCUUUAUCUGGUGGUGGUACAACAAGGAGAACAAGCGGAAGGCUCUCAUCCGGGCGUCGCCGGACUAUGUGAGUCUAGAGAAUCAAGCGUUCCUUGAUUUGACGGACGGAGAGAACCAUGAGUUUGUUUAUGCGUUGUAG